GAAACUCCUGCUUGAUAGGCGGAGCCCAACGAUGCUCUUGAAGAGGUUUAACUUAAUCUUCCGGGACACCUUUGCACGCUGUGAAUGGUUUAAAGCAUCCCUUUAACCAUUAAGUGCACACGUUUAAUCUUUUAUUCGCGUUUUGGGUAUUGGAGAGAUGCAUUUCGAUGGUAUUCUUGUCCUUGGGAUCCUGGCUCAUCUAUCACUGGCCUUCCCCGUUGUAUUGGACGCUGCAGGGAUUCAGGUGCAGCAGUGGGUGGUGUCGGGGGUACAGCCUGUCUUGGUGCGGGUCCUCGUCAAUGGAGUCCCAUAUACCGGCGCUACCCCAGAAGUCAACGAAAUCUUUCAGGUCAUGUCGGCUGAUUCGAUCUCUCUGAGCCUCCUCGCCAACCAGACUGCGGUAUUGGGGAACCACACGGUCCUUCGUUCCCGCGACUGCAUAUUGCAAGGCCCGGAGCUGUACUGGAGGGACCGGGUUUUCUGCAAUGAGUCGCUCUACCUGUCCCUGGACCAUGGCGGAGCCUGGAUAGCUCACACGCGGCAAGCGACAGCCCUCAAAGCAGCAUGGGUGCAGGCCUUGGCGAGCUCGGCGAAGGAAGGGAUCUUCCUUCAAGAAACAUGUGUAGAUCUGAUGGAAAAACUGAAGCUUUCUGAGAAGCGGUCAGGGUUCGCAAUGCCUAAUUUUCUGAUCCCAAUCUUGAGUCUACUGGCAUUUUCUGGGCUCAUGGGACUCAGCCUCCUCCUUUCCAAACAACAUGGUCUGCGACACCCCGGGGGUGUUCUUGGUUCGAUCAUACAUUACCCCAAGGACAUGGCAGAUUUCCAUCCAGAAAAAAAGGGCAACACUUGGCAAACCUUUUGAUUCAAAAUUAAACUAUGAAAGUACUGUACUCUAAGAGCCCGAGUGCUUGUUUGUUUAAAAUUUGCAUGUGCAAAUAUUAAUGAAGUGAAUAAGCCAACCAAUCAAUGACUCGAGGAUGAUAAUUGAACAGAAACACGGUACAGUGGGCCUACACCAUGGACUCAUUUUCUAAAUUUGACACACCACAGAGAAGCCAAAUUUUGAGUGAUGAAUAAAAAAAAAUCACAUGUAUGAGGCUUUGAAAUCAUGACAAAUCAAGCUAUUCUCUCUGCUCUCCAAUACUGCGUGCGUGUCCACUGAAACCACACCCCGCUCAACUGCGAGCACUCAAAUACCACCAGAACACACUACUUUGUAAUACCACCAAAACAUGCUACUUUGUGAGGCAUCUUUCUUAUGUCUACACAUACCUUACAUGCUUCAGUCAUGAAAAUAUGUUUGUUUUAAAAUCAUAUGGUGACUGGAACCAGUCCCAACAAGUUGUUACAGUUUUUCUGUGCUGUGACAAUGAGGCGCUCUAAAGCAGCCAUGGCAACGCAAAGUUGUCCAGACGUUGGCUGCUAACGUCUGAUUUUUAAAGAAUUGUUUUACCUUGCUUUUCCGCCUUCUCUACCGUAACAUGCAUCCACUCACGGUGACAAUGAGGCACUCUAAAGCAGCCACACCAGCAUAAAGUGGCGUUCCAUACACUGACUGUCAAGUCGAACUCUUUAAAAAAAAUCUAUGAUAUAAACAUGAUGUAUAGCUACUCCACUGGAUGGACUUUUGACCCAUUUUUUAAUGCACUUUAUCGCGUGUGUCUUUGUCAGACAUAAUUCUAAUGGAGAAAUGAGCACAAAAAUGUACACACAUUUGCUAAUAACUGCUUUUUAUGUUUUGUUUUGUACAACUGAGUGAAAAGCAGUAAUGUUUGAUGCCCACUGUUCAAUACCUUGACGCCAUCACAGUUAUUCUGCGAAAUAAUGAUCGGUGUAAUAAUUACAUGGUAUAAAUUACAGUUUAAGAUACAUGUACGCAUAUGUGUUCUGUGCACAAUGCUAAAUUGUGUUUUUGUGUUUGUAUAAAUUUAAUUCAAGAUCAUUUUGCGGUAUUGCAUACUGUUUUUAAAUCUGAGUUGAAUGUGUGCAAUUCAGUUAAAGAUUAUUCAUAUUUUUGACAAAAUGAGCCAUUGCCUUUUUAUUUUGGACCAGUAGAUUUCAGUUGCGAUGUUUUUUUGAUACAUUUACGUGCAUGCAUUAAAUUUCUUUUCCACUUGUA